CUCGCGGGCAGGUUAUAAUUGAAACGUUUGACAUAAACAGUCCGGUGAUGACCUGGUUGUCAUGUUUUUAUUAUUUCAUCAACGAAUAAAUUUUAAUUUCAUUUGACUACAGUGAUGUAUGAGAGACUGAUCACUCUGGAAGUACCAAAAUGGCCAAAAGAAAAUAUGGUGUGAAAAUUAAGAAUUAUGAAUGAAAUAAAGAUGAUCUCUCUAAUAAAUAAGAAUGUAUUUUAAUAACUUUAGGUUAAAUUUACAACAUCGAGCAUUUUACUGUUAUCUGUUAUUGAGUUUAUGGAUUUGUGUUCUGCUUGGAGUUAUGUACAAACAUGUCGGGAUUGAAAAUAGUGCGGCAAGUUUACUCAAAUAUCAAACUACUGAGAUAAACAUUAUCCAAGAACAGAAACUUGCUGGAACCUUGAUUAAAGCGAAAAAAAUAACUAAAUUUUGCAAUAUUUAUAAUGAUAUCCGACCAGGCUCAGAAGGUAACUUCAAUUCGAACUAUUCUCUAGAAGGUGUGAUUGUAUUGAUAAGGCAUGGCGACAGAGGACCAUUGACUCAUGUUGUAAACGUAUCGAACAUCAAUUGUGAUGGGCCGUACAAUCCUUUGUAUGGUGCUUUUGAAAGUUAUAUUAAAAAUAUAACUGGCACGCCCGCACUUUCUCAGUUGCUCGGGGUAUUUAGAAGGAUACAUUCACCUCUACCUGCCGGUGGCUGCGAUAUUGGAUUGUUGACCAAAAUUGGAGCCUCGCAACUACUUGCUACUGGAAGGGUUCUUCGAGAAGUCUACAAGCAUUCUUUGAAUAUAAGCAGCAGUCGUAUAAAAGAAGAGAUCAAAGUAUUCAGCACGUCAUACAGUCGAACUGUGCAUAGCGCUCUAGCUUUUCUUUACGCCUUUUUGGAGGAAGAAGACUACCCAAAAAUUGUCUUUCAGUCUGUUUCAAGUUUGACAUUUUGUUUUGAUGAUUGUGCUUGUCCCAAAGCAAAUUAUUUCCUAGAUCAGUUUGUGGUAGAAAGUUCCAAACACCUUCGUUCUCAUCCAGCAGUUUAUAAUUUAGUGAAGGCUGCUUCAUCCAUUGUUUAUGAAAUUCCUCAUAAAAAGUUAUCUACUGAUCCUCACUCUUUGAAAGACGCCCUUCUGACAUACAUAUGUCAUAACAGUAAAUUGCCAUGUAAGUAUCCAUUUGCUUCUGACCAGUGUGUGAAGCCCGAGCAAGUUACUGGACUUUUUACCUACCUUAACUGGGAAACAAAACAAUCGAGUAAAAGUAAACAUUUUAAGAGAGGUUCAUUGUUACGAGCUUAUGGGUUAUUGAAGAACAUUGUUUCACAGUUCCUCCAGAUGAUAUCAGAAAGGAAACCUAAAUUUAUCUUAUAUUCUGGCCAUGAUAAAACAUUAAGCUUUCUUACGAGUGCUCUUGGUAUAACAAGUGAUGGAGUAUUUUCUCCGUACUACGCAUCAAGGCUCAUCUUUGAGAUAUAUAAAAGCAAAGAAUUAAAAGGUGGUACUGUUGGCCCAAUCGGAAGCGAUUAUUUUUUCCGAUUACUGUUUAAUGGUAAAGAUAUUACUACAAAAGUUCAUUUUUGUAAGGGUGUUGCAAAUCACCAUCCUGCCAGGCAGCAGAACGUUACUGGUUUUAGAAACUCAUCUUUCUUCUUAUGUCCUCUUGAAUCAAUUGUUCGAUUUCUUCAUGAUGAUUAUUUUUCCGCUUUUAAUGCAACAAACUUGAAAGAUGCUUGUGCUCUUUAAAAUCUUUUUUUGUAAUUUGUAUUUAGAAGAAAACUUUUC